AGGUGGACUGGCAGAGGGGCCUGAUGGAAGAGCUGGUGGGGCUGCAUGAGGGGUCCUCGGGGAACCCCGUGACCCUACGGGAGCUGUGGAGCCCGUGUCCCCGAAUCCGCAGAGGCAUCCGAGCUGGCCUGGAGUGGCUGAGGCAGAAGCUGUUCCGUGGGGGUGAGGACUGGCACCUCCUGAUGACUCUUGGGGUGCUCAUGGCCCUCAUCAGCUACGCCAUGAACUUUGCCAUCGGGCGUGUGGUCCGAGCACACAAGUGGCUGUACCGGGAGAUUGGGGACAGCCACCUGCUCCGGUAUCUCUCCUGGACUGUGUACCCCAUGGCCCUGGUCUCCUUCUCCUCCGGCUUCUCCCAGAGCAUCACACCUUUCUCCGGAGGUUCUGGCCUCCCAGAGCUGAAAACCAUCUUGUCUGGCGUGAUCUUAGAGGACUACCUGGAUAUCAAGAACUUCGGGGCCAAGGUGGUAGGCCUCACCUGCACCCUGGCCAGUGGCAGUACCAUCUUCCUGGGCAAAGUGGGCCCCUUCGUGCACCUGUCUGUGAUGAUUGCAGCUUACCUGAGCCGCGUACGCACCAAGGCCACCCGGGAGUCUGAGAACAGGGGCAAGCAGAAGGAGAUGCUGGUGGCUGCAGCGGCGGUGGGCGUGGCCACGGUCUUCGCGGCGCCCUUCAGCGGCGUCCUGUUCAGCAUUGAGGUCCUGUGUUUCCACUACUCCGUCUGGGAUUACUGGCGCUGCUUCUUCGCCGCCACGUGCGGCGCGUUCAUGUUCCGGCUCCUGGCCGUCUUCAACAGUGAGCAGGAGACCAUCACCUCCCUCUUCAAGACCAGCUUCCGGGUGGACGUCCCCUUCGACCUGCCCGAGAUCUUCUUUUUUGUGGUGCUAGGGGUUAUCUGUGGCAUCCUGAGCUGUGCCUACCUCUUCUGCCAGAGAACCUUCCUCUGCUUCAUCAGGACCAAUCGGUUCACCUCCAAGCUGCUGGCCACCAGCAAGCCAUUGUACUCUGCCCUAGUGGCCUUGAUCCUUGCUUCCAUCACCUACCCCCCUGGCGUGGGGCGCUUCAUGGCUUCUCGGCUUUCCAUGAAGGAGCAUCUGGACUCCCUGUUCGACAACAACUCCUGGGCACUUGCCACCCGGAACUCGUCCCCGACCUGGCCCGCUGAGCCUGACCCCCAGAACCUGUGGUUUGAGUGGUACCACCCGCGUUUCACCAUCUUUGGGACCCUGGCCUUCUUCCUGGUAAUGAAGUUCUGGAUGCUGAUUCUGGCCACCACAAUCCCCAUGCCGGCUGGAUACUUCUUGCCCAUAUUCGUCUUCGGAGCUGCCAUCGGGCGCCUCCUGGGGGAGGCCCUCUCUGUUGCCUUCCCCAAGGGCAUCAUCGCUGGAGGGGUCACCUAUCCUAUCAUCCCCGGGGGGUAUGCUUUGGCAGGGGCGGCAGCCUUCUCCGGAGCAGUGACACACACCAUCUCCACGGCGAUCCUGGCCUUUGAACUGACCGGCCAGAUCGUGCACGCGCUGCCAGUGCUAUUGGCGGUGCUGGCAGCCAAUGCCAUCACCCAGAGCUGCCAGCCCUCCUUCUAUGAAGGCACCAUUAUCGUCAAGAAGUUGCCCUUCCUGCCGAAGAUCCGGGGCCGCCCCAUCAGCUCCCACUGUGUGAAUGUGGGGCACUUCAUGAACCGUGCCAUCACCACGCUGGCCAAGGACACAGCGCUGGAGGAGGUAGUCAAGGUCGUGACCUCCACAGACGUACCCCAGUACCCCCUGGUGGAGAGUACAGAGUCGCAGAUCCUGGUGGGUGCUGUGCGAAAGGCCCAGCUGGUGCAGGCCCUCCAGGCCGAGCCGCCUUCCUGGACUGCGGAACAGCCGAGGUGUCUCCAGGACAUCCUGGCUGGGGGCUGUCCCGUGGAGCUUGUGACCCUGCAGCUGUCCCCGGAGACCUCCCUGCACCAGGCACACAGCCUCUUCCAGCUGAUGAACCUCCCGUCCCUGUUUGUGACGUCUCGGGGCAGGGCUGUUGGCUUUGUGUCCUGGGUGGAGUUGAAGAAAGCAAUUUCUAACCUGACAAACCCACCAGCCCCAAAGUGAGCUGCCUGGCCAGCUGAAAUGGGAUGCUCGGCUGCCCGGUGGCUGAGGCUGGGCAGAGACCUUGCCUCUGUCCCUGCCACUCCAGCCUGCCCCUGUACCCCGAGCCCAGCUCAAAUCCUCAGUAAACAGGCAACACCCAGCUAACCCCAAUCCGCUGGACAACCAUUAGAUGUCUUGAAGGACAAGUCCACCCUGACAGAGAGCUGACAGCCAAAAGUCAGUACCCAGUGGGUGCUCACUGAAGCUUCAGCAAACGGCUGAAUGAAGAGGCUGGUGUGUGUUGUCACCAAAGGCCAGUGGGAAUUCCUGAUGCCCAACCAGAAACCCCUGAGAAAAAUAAAGCUGAUCCCCAGAGCCCUGUGGACCCCUGAUCUUAGUCCCAGGGCCUUAGUCCCA